AUGAGCUCUUCAUUCAAUAACGCAUGCCUCGAGAACUCGAAUAUAAAUGGAUUGUUGCUUGCUGAUACUUGUAAUAAUGAGUCACAUGUCAAUCUGCCACUCGAAAAGGAGUUGCUACCAUUACAAGAGGAAAAAGAAAAGGAAAAAGUACGGGAUCAAGUAAUUUGUAUGAUCUUUGACUUACAUAUAUCAACAGAGUUUUACAAAGACUUUUCAUGUGCCAUUGCGUCGACGCUGGCUAUGCACGGACGCAUGUAUCCAACAAGCUCACACGUCUGCUUUUAUUCCAAUAUGUUUGGCCGUGAGAGAAAGAUUUUGAUUCCGUACGAGUCCAUUUAUGCAAUUGAGAAAACAACAACGAUGAUGUUUCAGCACUCGAUCCGCCUCGCAACGUUUGACAAGAACGAGUACACAUUUACGAGCUUUUGGGGCAAUAACCGUGAUAGUUGCUAUGAACUCAUUGUGAGUACACGCGAUCGUGUACUACGCGAGUUGCCCCGCACUGUAGUUGAUGCCUUGGAACCGCGUCACCCAGCGCUUCCAACGUCUUCCAUUGCAUGGAUCUCCAAGUCUCUAGACGCAACAUUGCUUCAAACGCAGUCUGAGUCUUUGACAGAGAAAGAUCUUGAAGAAGAAAAAAAAGUGGGAGAUAAAAGUACUUCCGAUCAUACUGACUAUGCGGGUAUUGCCACGAGAGACGACACCAAAAUGGCAACGGAUGAUGCAGAUAGUAACAGCCACACAAAUCUUGCUUUUCCACAUCAGUGCCGUGUGGUUUCGGAUGUGGACUCGAUUGCGCCUAAGGAUAUCUCGAUGAUCCAAGUCCUCAAGGAGGUAUUUCCUGUGUCGACUGAUACCUUCAUGGAGAUAUUUUACGUAGAUAAUGCACCUUUUGGACUAGACAAGUUUGGUGAACGAACUGGGUCAAGUGAAAUGACCAUGAAUCCCUGGGUGACUCCAGUGGAUGACGAUAAAUUGUUUGGUUCGACACGGUCGAUGCAAUUUCGUGUGCCAAUCGAUGCUCCAAUUGGCCCAAAGUCUUCGCGUGUUGACGUGCUGCAAUGCCUGAAAGAAAGUGAGAAUGGAGUGCGCGUUGUAGAAAGCUCGACCCGGCUUGUUGACAUACCGUAUGGCGACUACUUUAGUGUCGAAGACCGGUGGACUAUUGUGCCACACCCUUCCUAUCCCAAUUCCUGCAAAUUAUUUAUCGAGUUAAAGGUGGCCUUUGGUAAGUCGACAUUCUGGAAGAAAACAAUUGAAGCCCGUGCUAUCAGUGACAACCGAGCCAAGUGGGAAAAUUGGGCUGAAAUGGCGAAAGAAUUUUUAGGUUCGAGAAAUUUAAAUGAUGCGGCAAAUUGUGCUGUGGAGAAUUCUCCGACUCCAAGCACGCUGUUGGCGAAGACGGCGCCAGACGAAGUCGCCCGAAAAGAUCAUGGAUCUGUGGUGAGUCGUCGUUGUCCAACCAAGCCCCGUCACCUUCAUGGAUAUUCCACAACCGCAGCCGGAGGAGCUUGUGCAGCCACGGUGAGAGUGUUUCCAUGGGUCCUGGUACUACUUCUGCUCCUAGUUGUUUUGCGCUUGCAAAUGACAUUGUCAAGCAUAGAACGUUCCUUGUUGGAUAAUGCCAAGCUUAUCAGCAACCUCGAAAGGCAACUUUCCAGUCUUGAAGUAGAAGGCUACCAGUAA